AUGGCCCUGUCCCCAGCUCUUGGCCAUGGACUCUCCUCAGAGCCCCUCAGUCAGCCUCAGGGUGCUCCUAGGAAGCUGGACAUUGCUGGAUGGACCGUCAUGCCUGCAGAGGAAACAAACAGGUCAGAGCAGGCCCAGGCCUCCUUGGGCCCUUCUGAACACGUCACAGGUGAACUGAAGGACACUGAGCCUGCCAACAGCGCCCCAAGACUACCCCUGGCCUCUUCCCGUGAGCAUCAAGAUGGGGGCAAGCGCCAUGAGGCCCUGCAGGCAGAGCUACGAGGGGCAGCUGAGCGUGUGGACGCAUUACUGGCAUUUGGUGAGGGGUUGGCGGAGAGGAGUGAGCCCAGGGCCUGGGCAUCUCUGGAACGGGUCCUGAGGGCCCUUGGAACCCACCGAGAUACCAUCUUCCAACGACUCUGGCAGCUACAGGCCCAGCUGAUCAGCUACAGCCUGGUGCUUGAGAAGGCCAACCUUCUGGACCAGGACUUGGAAGUUGAGGGAGACUCAGACGGGCCAACACCUGGUGGAAUCUGGGGGCCCUGGGCACCUAGUACCUACCCGACUCCUGCAGAGUUGGAAUGGGACCCAGCAGGGGAUGUUGGGGGUCUUGGGCCCUCAGGGAAAAAGAUAUCUCGGAUACCAGGAGUUCCCUGUGAGCUGUGUGGCUACAGGGGACCCCAGGGCAGCGGACAGGGCCUUGAGGACCUGCUCACGUUGGGGCUCGGCCACCGGAAACAUUUAGCAGCUCACCACCGAAGGCGUCUCCGGAAGCCUCAGGACAAGAAGAGACAAGCAUCUCCCAGUCCACCGGAUGUGAUGCUGGAGGUGGAUCCCGGGGUCCCUGCUUCUGCUUCCAGGCGACCCCUGAUGCUCUUCUUUCUCCUUCUCUUCUUCCUUCUGGUGGGUGCCACAUUGCUGCUGCCCUUGUCAGGGGUCCCCUGCUGUUCUCAUGCCCGACUGGCCAGGACGCCCUACCUGGUGCUCAGCUAUGUCAAUGGUCUCCCUCCAAUCUGA